AUGGUUGAACCAAUAUCAAUAAGUUUUAUAAUAGUGGCCGCAGUAAUCCUUGCGUUUACUACUUUUGACAAUCCCGUAAUAUGUUCAUUACCAACUUGUAUUGAUGGUGAUGAUGAUAAUAAUAAUACAACUUUUCAAGUGAUAAUGGAUGAUGAAAGUUAUGAUACUGAUGUGGAAGCAACAGAAUACGAUUAUUUAGAGUUUAUGAUUGGAAUUAUGAAGAAAAUUAUGAUAUGGACGAUAGUAGUAAUUAUUCUUCAGGGACGACAAUUUGUGGAACGGAUUGAAAAUUCAUUUUUCAAUUAG